CAAGGGGCUUUGUCAAAAGUGGGGGUGUCCCAACAAUGUUUUUUUCUCAGUUCAACUCUGUAGACAUAGGGGUUUUACUGCUACACAUUUACUUGGUCAGCAAAUGUAGCACAAGGUGGUUAGUUUGAGCUAUUAAUCAUACUAAUAGCAGGCAUUCCUUAAGUGCCUUCCAGGGAAUACAAGAAUGCUUAAUACAUAUGGAAAACAACAACAAUAAGAACAAGGUGAACCUGGUGAAUGCAUUUUGCAAUCGGCAAUUCAAAGUUCAAUUUGCUAAUGCAAUUUGAAAAUACAUAAUAACAUGAUGCAAUUUGGUUUAAAGCUCAAUUAAUAGCAUUAUGUAAUGCAGUGUUUGAAUUCUCCAUUUGAUAAUGCAUUUCAAUAUUGUAAAUUCAAUUUGUCAUUGACACGGCGAUGUUGAUAGAUUUGACAGAGACAAGAGGCAGUGCCAAAUAUAAAUCUCUUUCGACGAAUAGAAACCGCCGUCUCGUAGCACGUGAUCAAACACGGAAGUAGAAUCUAACGCUGCCACAACUUUCUAUUCUGAGGAAGGUCCUCGCUUUUGGCUGCGUGUCGAAGCGCUUUAACAAGCACAAAGAGGUCGUGACUCAUUAUUUAUAACUAUUUAGUUGACUAAAAUUGUUGCCGAACAAUGACUCAGGCGGAGAAAGAGCAGGACAAUGGGAAGGAGAAAGAAAAGGAACGAGACAAGGAGAAGGAAAAGGAGCAGCAACGUGGGGUAAAGAGACCCAUCGCUCCUCCGGUCAUCCCAGACCCUCUUCAGGAGCAAAUACAAAGCAAUUUUAUCAUUGUCAUCCACCCUGGUUCAAGGACACUCCGCAUUGGCCGAGCAACAGAUAAUCUUCCGGUGACACUCCCACAUGUGAUCGCGCGCAGACACAAACAAACUGGACAGCCGAGAUAUGAAGACGCCUGGUUGUUGAGAGAUGGUCUGAAUAAAACAGAGAGCAAUGACCAGAGGCAGAAUGGUCUUAAAAUGGUGGACCAGGCCAUCUGGUCCAAGAAAAUGUCAAACGGAGUGCGGAGAACACCCGUGUCCGCUGAACAGGCCAGAGCUUAUAACUGUCAGAUCCGCCCGGCAGUACUAGACGGCAGCUCCAGGGUGAAGUGGAGCAACGCAGCCCACCAGCCUCCUCAUCUGGUGGGAGAGGAGGCUCUUUAUGUGAAUCCAUCCGACUGUUACAACAUCCACUGGCCAAUAGUCAGAGGUCAGCUUAAUGUGCAUGCUGGUACCGGAGGCUCAUUGACCGCCGUCCUGGCUGACCUCGAGACAAUCUGGAGUCACGUUAUUCAAAAGCAACUGGAAAUCCCCCUCAAAGACCUAAAGUAUUACAGAUGCAUCCUACUGGUCCCCGACAUCUAUAACAGGCAGCACGUCAAAGAAGUUGUCAACAUGCUGCUGCUUAAUAUGGGCUUCUCAGCAAUCAUCGUGCACCAGGAGUCGGUGUGUGCUACAUUUGGCAGUGGGUUGAGCAGCGCUUGUGUCGUGGAUGUCGGAGACCAGAAGUCCAGUCUUUGCUGUGUAGAGGACGGCGUGUCCCACCGGAACUCCAGGUUGUGUUUGGCGUAUGGCGGCUCAGAUGUGACCCGCACUUUCUUCUGGCUCCUGCAGAGGGGGGGCUUUCCCUACAGAGACUGUCAGCUGUCCAGCAGACUGGACUGUCAGCUCCUGCAGCAUCUGAAGGAGACCUUCUGCCAUCUGAACCAAGACAUAUCAGGGCUACAAGAUCAUGAAUUCCAGACCCGCCUCCCAGAAGCCCCAGCUCUUCUUUACCAGGUUCGACUAGGGGAUGAGAAAUUACAGGCACCUAUGGGUCUUUUCUACCCGACCACAUUUGGCAUCGUAGGUCAAAAGAUGACAUCACUUCAGUACCGUUCCCAAGGAGACUCCGAGGAUCCUCAUGAUGAACACUACCUGAUGGCUACACAGAGCAAACAGGACCAGUCCUCAAAAUCUGCUGCAGACCGGAAGGGUUUGUCCAGACCAGGUGCUGGUUUGGACGGUGAGAUGAGCGGUCAGGGAGGGGUCGGGGAGCUUUCUGACCUAACCAGGGGAUGUGGGAGUGGCAGCGGUGGAGGAGGGAUGAAGGUGGAGAUGGAGUUUGGGCCUGCGCAGGGGGAGUGCCUGAUGGGGGCAGGAGAGGUGGAGGAGCCCCUGUCUGCUCACCUUUCCAGGAAGACUGCCAUCAUGAGCCAGUUUGAGAGCAAAGCACUGGGCCUGGAUAAGGCCAUCCUGCAUAGCAUCGACUGCUGUGCAUCGGAUGAAACCAAACGCAAGAUGUACAGCUCCAUCCUGGUCGUGGGAGGAGGGCUCAUGUUUCAUGGUGCUCAGGAGUUUCUGCUUCACCGCAUCGUCAACAAGAUGCCGCCCUCGUUCAGAAGGCUUGUAGACAACGUGGAAGUUAUCACACGGCCAAAGGACAUGGACCCUCGGCUGAUAUCAUGGAAGGGGGGGGCAGUGCUGGCGUGUCUGGACACCACUCAGGAGAUGUGGAUCCACCAGAGGGAGUGGCAGCGGUUUGGUGUCCGGAUGCUCCGCGAGAGAGCGGCCUUCGUCUGGUGAAAGCAAACUGUUUACUUGAAUCCAACGGGGGAGUUUCCACACGAGGCGCAGCGUGGGCAUCGUUCAGGACAUCGAAGCCCUCCGACAAUUAUAGCACCGCUAAGUAGGAGUCAAUAUUGUAGAACUUUUGAACGGUCUUCUGUAAAUACUGCAGUUCUUGCCUCUUUAUGAAAGUUUGAAUGUGUAAAUAAACCAAAUAACACUUGGAUACACAAUU